AGGAGGCCUAGGAGUUACAGCCACUCUAAGUCUCCUAUCAGAAACAUUCAAAACAAACAUCUAAAUCUUGGUAUUAAACAGUAUUACCGUAAAUCAGUGAUGAAUCCCCACAUCUCCAGACUGACUACAGAAUUCUUGAAUGAUAUGAUUACAGAUUAUUAUGAUACCUCCAAAACCAACUUCGAUUCAGAGCCUGACGGUGUUUAUAUAAUUAUCAAAGGAACUUGUAAAAUAGUCAACAGGCUCGAUGGCUUUGAUUCAGGCGAGCUCAGCGAGAAUCAAAAUAAAGCAUGCUACAAGAUCUUUUUUAGCGAUUGUUUUGGAGAAUUUGAUACACUCAAGAUCUCAGAUUAUACUAUUUAUGGAGACAUUUAUUCUAACUCAGAUGUGCAUGUUUUAUUCAUUCCUAAAGCUGUGUUCCAAAGUAUUCCAUUCUACGAGCUUGAAUUGAUAUGUAAUAAAUUUCAGGGCAGGAAUGAGCAAGUUGAGAAAGCAUUGUCUAGACGAUAUAAAGUCGAUGAAGAAAUAUUCAACACAAAAUUGUACUAAAUAUUCAGACAUCAUAAUUUACACACUUGA